AUGGACCGGGUUGAACCUACUAGGAAGCUCAAACGUCGAUUGCCCAGGAUUUCUACAGAGAAAUGGGACAGGUUGAAGGAGGUGAUCCGCGAGGAGUACAAGACCAAAACCUUGGAAGAACUAAUCACCUUUCUCAAGGUUGUACACGAUUUUUCGGUGACCAAGAGACAGCUGGUUUACAGAUUGGGCAUUUGGGAAGUUCCGAAAUAUGCCGUUUGGAAUCAGAAGGGCUCAGACCUCUCGGAAAGCGUACCAGAGAUCGAGUCUCACGACUUGAACGAUGAAGCUCAAGACGAAUUUGAACCAGCAAACCUCUACCCCCUUGAUCAUACAGAUGUGGAAACAUAUCUGAGGGCGACAUCUUCGACCAGCCACCGGCUGGCGGACGAAUCAAGUGACGCAACUAAUUACUACACCUUCACCCGACUUCUGAUUCAAUACAUCUGCGAGUCAAUGGGGUCGGGGUCCGUUUUUGUAGAUCUCGCAGACCACAUCAGCCGAGGACACCGUCUUUUCAACUGGGCCGCUAAGACCGACGAAGUCAUCAACUUCAUCCGUGCUAGUCACAGCUACGGGACUCUGGUACCUUUACCAUUCAAGAAUCACCUGGAAACUCUCGACGCGCUCGUUGUGGACGAGCACCCCCACCUGUUGGGCACCCUCUUUGUCAUCUGGAAGAAUACUUCGUUGAUAGAUGAUGACAAAGUUUCUGAAAGAUAUUUCAUCAACACAGUCAACAAGCUCUGUCAGAAGCUCCUCGGUCGACAGCAUCUGAUCACGGGGAUCUUUGCCUGUAUAAGCAUUGGAUCUCUCGAGCCAAUUGCUUGCCUGGAACGCCUUGAAGUACUCCCUUCGGAGCUUUUUGCUCCAAAAAACUUAGCUCCCGAUCCGAGUUUUGAGAAGUACGAGACAAGCGACUACCACACGAUGUCCUCUCUGUAUGCGGCUUCAGCAAAAAGUUUGACUCACACUAAAGGUCUGGACUUGAUGAACAGCGAUACAGUCAGCUUGCGUGCUUUGGCUCUUCGACAGCGCAGUGAUCAACGACACGAGUGGUACUCGGAACAGGGACCUCUAGCAUAUCCCUGGGAAACCUCGUUAUCAGCAGGUCAGGGCUUAGCAAAUGUCGAGGAGCCUUUCACAAAAGUCUUGACCGGUGCACGACCCCCCCAGAGCCUCAUGAUGCGGCCCGUUGGCAUGGAUAGCUUGCCACCUCCUAUCGAUAAAGGAAGUCAAUCAUCCAUGAGAAGUCCUAACGUUUCCAGGGCUGAGGAUUCUUGGCCUUUGAGAAAGCCUGAAGCUUCAUCUGAAUCUUUUUCAGAGCACACAGGACAACCUCAGGAAAGUCAUCCGGGGAAGACCCAAGAAGAAACAGACACCAGCAAUUCUUCCAUAACAAGGACUCGGAGCACUUCGACGCCUACUGAUGCCGAUAACCAGACGGACGUGGAUGGAUGCUCGGUUUCCCACGACGAAGAAUCGGGUAUUUGGAGCAGCUCGACCGCGGAUGAACAGCAAAACAUGCGAGCACUGGAAACAGAAAGGGGCCGGAUAGUCCAGGAAGUUAUGGACGCGUUUUUAAAUGACUUGGAUAGUUAUUUAGAGGAUAUCACCAGCACUUUCCUUGCCAUCAAAGGGGAGGAUAGGAACGAACCCACCCAGGCUCCCUCAGGGGCUGAGGGGUCAACUAAAGGCGAACAGGGCCAAAAGCCUCGAAAACAACAGAAAUUGUGCGGCAAGGGAGGGAAUUGCGGUGGAAGGAAAGGCAAAGGUCUUGCUGACGACAGAGAUGAAGACAACGAAAGCGCCGAAGACGGGGACGGCAGUGAGCGACGCCACAAAGUGCCAAACAUGCGAGACGGGCCCAAGGUUAUACCGCUUGCAUGCCCCUACUUCAAGUGGAACCCUCUUGGAUGCCCCAGAAAGAAGGAAUGCGCAGGCCCAGGGUGGCCUUCAGUGCAUCGCGUGAAAGAGCACCUCUACCGCCGGCACGGAUCGCCAUUUGAAUGCCCUAGAUGCCGACGGGAUCUCAAGGCGCAAAGUGCGUUGAACUCGCAUCUCAAACUCGCCCAGAUUUGCGAAGUUAACAACGAAAUACAUCUGUCUGGGAGGUUCAACUUUGGGCCGGACAUCGAACGUCGACUCAGGGUCAGAUGCUCAUCGAAGCAGACUGAAGCAGAGAAAUGGAAGCAAGUGUACCGAACUCUCUUCGACGUUAGGGAAGAUGAAAUACCCACACCUUACUAUGAUCAUGAUUUCUCCGCCAUUGGUCGAGAAGAGACUUGGAAGGAGUUUACGCGCCGUGAAAUCAUGAUCUUCCUUCGACAGCGCAUCGAAGCUGAGGUUGAGCGAAGAUUUGCGGCUAUGGCACCCGAGCUUAUAGCCGGGCUGAGGGAUAUCGUCCACGAUCUGGAGCUCGUACUAAGAGAAAACUUCGAAAAAAGUCGGGAGCAAGAUAGAACCAUUGAUCGAGAAGAGGCCCUUGUGAGGCCGCCUCCGCCACUGGUUGUCGGCGAAUCCUCCACGAAUACAGCUCAGACACUUGGUAACGACGGGAGAGAGACGGCUAUGGUCUCAGGAAUCGUUCCCAGUGCGGAUAAUAACUUGGCGGAAAACCUUCCCCCCGACGAUUCGCAGCAGGGAUUUCACUCUCUGGACGGACGCGAGUGA